AUGGACACAUCAUGUGUUUCAAUUAAUCAAUGUGGGUUUUGUACAUAUUUAUUCAAUCGAUCAAUACCAUUAGCAGGUGAAGGAGAUGGUGCAAUUAUGUUUAACACAAUGGUUGAUUCUAUGGCAUUAGGAUAUAUAUUUUCAGCACUUUAUCUUUUAUUCCGACUUCAACGUAGUUAUACAUAUUUACAAAAGAGUAGCAAUAAUAAUAAUGGUAAUGGAAAUGGGAAUGGUUCAUCGAAUAAUGACAUUAUAUCAAUUAAUAGUUCAAAUGGGUUAAAUAGAAGUGGUGUAAAAAUAUCACAAGAUACACUAUGGGAUAAGAAUUUCGGUAUAUCAAUUGAUCAUCCAAGAAUUAUAAAUUCAACUUAUUUCAAGUAUACAUUAUUCGUUAGUUUAUGGUUAGCAUUCGAAGGUUUAUUACUAUUAUUUUUACCACCAAAUUCUUUAGCAUAUCCAGCAUUCGUAAUUAUCGUUGGUACAGGUCAUAUUGUCACUGAUAAUUGGGUAUUAGUUUUCCUAUAUGGUAAAGAAGAUGAUAGAUUCUCUGCAAGACGUUCAUUUUAUUCUUGUACUUUAUUAUAUUUAAUUAUUUGUUGUACUACUUUGGCAUCAUUUUUUGAUGAUCAAACAAUGUGUAAAAAAAAUGAUUGUCAAACAUUUAUGUUUCAAGAUGAAUAUACAUCAUUAGCGAUUACAGUUGCAUCAUUGGUAGUUUAUACGAUAGUUUUAGGUAUGACAAUAAAGAGAUCAUUUUUAAGACCAACAGGUAGAAUAUGGUUAUUGUUUUUGAUGGGAUAUAAUUGUAUUUCAUCAGUUGGUGCAUUAUUGAAUAUAUUGGAUGUUGAUGCUGGUUAUUGUUUUUUAGGUAUUGCUGCAAUUAUUUAUUCAUUCUCAUAUGGACCAUUGUUAUUUAGAACUUGUGGUAACGAUACAAAUUUGUUAAGAGCAAGAGGUGAGUUUUUACCAUUGUUAACUAAUUUCCAAGAGUAUACAAGUUUAUUUGGUAGAGAAUCAAUUAGUACAAGUGGUGAGGGUGCAACUACAGCAUUGCAAUUGUCAGCAUUUUACAUUAGAUUCAACGAGUUUAAAUUUGGUCAAGUCAUAGGUGAGGGUUAUUUUGGAGAGGUUAGAAAGGCUGUUUGGAAGGGUGCUGUGGUUGCAGUGAAAAUUUUACAUAGAAAUUCAUUUAGAAAUACUGAUGGAAAUAAAGAGGAGAAUGUGUUCCUAAAGGAAGUCGCAAUUCUAAGUAUUCUAAGACACCCAAAUGUACUUCAAUUCUUGGGUGUUUGUAGUGAAACCAAUUUGAAUGGUAUAGUUACAGAGUAUAUGGGUGGUGGUAGUUUGGAUAGGUUAUUGACUGAUCGUUACUUUUUAAUUAAACAAAAUCCAAUAUUGGCUUGGAAUAUGGCAAUCUCAAUAGCACGUGGCAUGUUUUAUCUACAUGAUUGGAAACCAAAUCCAAUACUUCAUAGAGAUUUAUCAACAAAGAAUAUCUUAUUGGAUGAAAGUUUAACCAUUGCAAAAGUGGCUGAUUUUGGCUUGAGUAAGGAGCAAGGCUUUGAAAUGACUUCAACCGUUGGUCAUCUUUGCUAUCAAGCACCAGAAGUAUUCAUUGGUGAACUUUAUACACCAAAGGCUGAUGUCUAUUCAUUUGGUUUAUUGGUUUGGUGUAUUAUAACUGGUGAACAACCAAAUCAAAAUUUACAACCUUUGAAAAUGGCUCAUUUGGCAGCUUAUGAAAAUUAUAGACCACCAAUGCCUCAACCAAUGGAUCCAAUGUGGGAAAAUCUUGGAAAAUUAAUUGAAAUGUGUUGGAAAAAAUCACCUGAAGAAAGACCUUCCUUUAGUUUUAUUUUAGAUUUCUUAGAAGCAAAUGUUCCAAUUUCAAAUACAUAUGUACCUCCUUUAAAAUGUAUUAGUGAUAAUAGUGUUUCAAAUAAUUUUAAUAAUAAUAAUAAUACUCUUAAUAAUGGAAGUACAAAUAAUUUAGGUUUAUUAACUUUAUCAUUUUCAACUUUAAAUUUACAAAAACAAGGUGGUGGGGCUGAAGAAUUUCAUUAUAUUGAUGGUUAA